GUGGCCGGUGUAGGUGAGUGGUGACAAAUAGUUGAACAACUGUUACUUUGUCCCACCUCAAAGCACACCUGCACAAAUAUACGUUCCCCUAUAUAAAAGGGCAAAAUGUGUUUGUUGGCCUCAAAUGUAUGAUGCUCACAAUUUUCCAAAAUCUAAAAAUGGCAAUUCAUCAAAAAAUGCUAUGUAACAAACCACAAGCAAUUACAACAACUAUUAUCCUCUUUAUCAUUAUCCUUCCUAAUUACAAUUAUGCUCACCCUAAUUACUCUCUUAAUCUUCCUAAGAGAGAAGAUAAUGAUAAUAAUGGUGGUUCGUCUUCUUUACUUGCUACACUUCCCUAUAACUUCCUCUUUGCCACUGCUUCCUCUGCGUAUCAGUAUGAAGGUGCCUAUUUAGUUGAUGGAAAAGGGCUCAACAAUUGGGAUACUUUCACCCACAAGUCAGGAGGGAUACUAGACAAUAGCAAUGGAGACGUUGCAACCGAUCACUACCACCGAUAUCUGGAAGAUGUUGAGCUUAUGGUUGAUCUCGGACUUAACAGCUAUCGUUUCUCGAUUUCAUGGGCGAGAAUUUUACCAAAAGGAAGAUACGGGGAGAUCAAUUUAGCAGGCAUCAGUUUUUACAACAAGCUCAUUGACACUCUACUUGCUAAAGGGAUUCAGCCUUUUGUGACACUGAGCCACUUCGACAUCCCUCAAGAACUCGAGGACAGAUACAAUGGUUUUCUUAGCACUGAAUUACAGAAGGAUUUCGAAUAUUAUGCAGAUGUUUGCUUCAGAUAUUUUGGGGACAGGGUAAAAUACUGGGUUACCUUCAAUGAGCCAAAUGUGAACAUUAUUCAAGGUUACAGAAAUGGUAAAUACCCACCAAACCGAUGCUCGGGAUUAUUCGGAAAUUGUUCAGAAGGAGAUUCCGAAAAGGAACCCUUCAUCGCCGCUCACAAUCUUAUCCUUGCUCAUGCAGCUGCUGUAAAUACUUACAGAACCAAAUACCAGGAAAAACAAGGAGGUAAAAUAGGGAUUGUUCUGAAUGCCAUCUGGUUUGAACCUAUCAGCAACUCAGAAUUCGACAAAUUUGCUGCAGAAAGAGCUCAGUCGUUCUACACGAAUUGGUUUUUAGAUCCAAUUAUGUUUGGAGAAUACCCAGCAGAAAUGAGAAAGAUUCUGGGAAAGAAUUUACCGAGAUUUUCAAAGAACGAACAGAGGAUUCUAAAUAAAGCACUCGAUUUCAUUGGUAUCAACCACUACAGUAGUUUUUAUGCACAGGACUGUAUGUUCACAAGCUGCAAAACUGGACCUGGAGUUACAUGGACAGAAGGUGUAUACCUAAGAACUCCAUAUAGAAAAGGCAUCCCCAUUGGCGAACCAACAGCAAUGGAUUGGCUGUACAUCCACCCGCAAGGAAUGGAAAAAACGAUUACCUAUAUGAAGGACCGAUACAAUAAUACACCUAUGAUCGUAACAGAAAACGGGUAUGUUCAAGAAAGCAAUUCAAAUUCCAGUGUCACAGAACUACUCAAUGAUUCCAAAAGAGUCGAAUACAUGGCUAGUUACCUAGAUUCACUCCUAAGAUCCAUCAAGAAAGGAGCAGACGUUAGAGGAUACUUCGCUUGGUCAUUGCUUGACAACUUUGAGUGGUUAUACGGAUACACAAAACGAUUUGGGUUAUACCAUGUUGAUUACAACACAUUGAAGCGAAGCCCAAAAUCAUCAGUUGUUUGGUACAAAAACUUCAUUGCCAAGCAUAAAAGGCAGCAAAUACUGAAGCAGACUGGAACUGAACAAGCAUUACAGUCAUCUUAAAGACUUCUAACACAGAGGAAUACAGAAGAGCAUCAGUAAGAGACUAAGAGUAAGCUAGGUAGUUAAACCCGUGUUGUACCAGUUAACUGUCAUACGACAUAUCUGUAUCCAUAUAGAAUGUUUCUAGUGAGUCAAUGUUUCUCUAGAGUCCAGGUAAUAAAUGAUAAGGAGAAUCAGGAUGAGGAAGGGUGAUAAUUUGUAAGCCUUUCCAUCUUCCCACCCACGAGGUCAUGGGUAUGGUUCUCAUCCAAGAGAUAGAACGGUUUGCAAUAAGUUGUAUUUAGGAACCAGACACACUUGCAGACACACCAAAGAGGCAUCAACAUGAACACAGUAUUGUCAUAUACUGUUUUAAAAAUCUAGCAGUCUGGGUGAUAUUUUCUUCAGUUUUCGUCAUCUCUCUUUUAAACCAAAAGUCUUUUAUAUCAAUAUGGUUUAGUAUGAUUAAUGAAUCAUGGAUCAACUAUUA